AUGUGCAAAAAAGCUACCUGUGCGCGCUGCUCUAAAUCAUCAUGGUGGGGAUGCGGCCAGCACAUCCCGUCGAUCAUGGAUUCCGUCCCCGAGAACGAGCGCUGCCAAUGCGAGCCGAAGACUACGGUCGAUGGGAAAAGCUACCCUCCUAAAGCGGAGAAGGCCGACUAG